AGAGGAAAAAACAUUCAAGAUGGGAAAGCAACACUCCGAGAAAUCGAAAUCUGAAAAAUGAAUUCCCGAGCGCUCCUGUGCGAUUCGGGUGCUCCGGAACUCAUUUGGCCACUUGAGGGGAAAGUAACGAGAAAAUAAAAGUGCCUAAAAACCGAAAGUUAGGGAAGCUGCGAGGGCCAACCCAGCUUUUCGGACAGACCAAACAAACUUUGAACUUUCGGUGGAGCAGGAACGCGCGGGGAGGUGCGCUGGGACUGUCCCCUCCUCUUUCUCCUCUCCCUCCUCUUCCUCCUCUUCCUCCCCGCCGCGUAUAAAACCUCCCGCCCGCCCUCGGCUCAUACAUUCCCUGCGAGGUUCUGGGGAGGACCUGAAGUCCCAGAGCCGUGUCCGGACCUGGCCCGCUCCUGGCCCGUGCUGUGCCCGCUCCGUGCCCGCUCCGUGCCCGCUCCGUGCCCGCUCCGUGCCCGCUCCGUGCCCGCUGCGCUGCGCUCGCCAUGCGCCGGCCCCGACGGCGCCUCCUCCCCGUGCUGCUGCUGCUGCUCACGACUGCUUUUGGAGCCAGUGCUGUCACCCUGAGCAGGAGGGACAGCCUGGAUGCCUCUCCAGGCUGGGGAGCAGAAGAUGUUUACUACAAGAAGAGCGACGGUCACUACUGCCAGAAGUGCCCUGCAGGCACCUACAUUGCAGAGGAGUGCAAGGAGCAGAACGGCUCUGGGGAGUGCCGGCCCUGUGGAUAUGGGGAGUACAUGGAAUAUCCAAACGCCUUCCAGUGGUGCCGGGACUGCUCCAAGUGCAGGGAAGAUCAGGUGGAGCAGAGCCCCUGCCAGCCCCUCAGGAACACGGUGUGCGCCUGCAGGAACGGCACCUUCUGCCCGCCCGAGCACCCCUGCGAGAUGUGCCAGAAGUGCCGGCCCAGGUGUCCCGAGGGCCAGGUGGUGCUGAGACCCUGCCGGCCUGACAGCGACCUGCAGUGCGGGCCUGCCGCCGACACCGUGCCCGCCUACCUCGCGGUCAUCGUCGGGGUGGUGGCGUUUGUGGUGGUGUUUGUGGUGGCGUUCUGCUCCUGGAAGCACUGCUGCAGCUCCACAGGGGACGGGACACCCUCGAGCAGGAGGCCCUACAAAAUGGUGAGCUCCAUGUUCCGAAAAAUGGCGUGGUACAGGAGGGUGAACGUGGGGGCAGAGGACAACGCCGCCAACGCCCACCUGCAGCAGCGUCACGCAGAGGCACAGGUGAUGCUGCAGAGUGGCAGUGGAAGCCCCAGGAUCCUGGUUCCAGCGUCUGGGAGUGACCCCAUUGCAGUGCUGCGCCAGUCCUUCUACAUCUUCGCCAGGAAGGUGCCCAAGGAGAGCUGGAAGAGGUUUGGCCGCAGCCUGGACCUGGAGGAGAACGACGUGGUCACGGGCACCACGGACGACGCCUUCUACGAGAUGCUCUUCAAGUGGCUGAACAGGGAGGGCACCAAGGCCUCCGUGAACACCCUGCUGGACACCCUGCACCGGCUGCACCUCGGCGGGGUGGCAGAGGACAUCUCCUCCACGCUGCUCCAGAGCGGACUUUUCCAGUAUGAAACCAGCUGAGGAGGGAGCAGGGCACGUGCUGUGCGUGCUGCCUUGGAGCCACGGCUGUGAAAUACCUCGCAGAACACUUGAAUUUGGGCUGCUUGCAGCUCCCUUCUCCUUUGGAAGCCACCACAGAGUUCAGCUGGGCCAGGAGGAGCUGAUCCUCGGUGAGGGACGAGCCUCAGGGUCCUCUCUGCUGGAGUUACAGCUUCCACGUUGGUGCUUCCUCAUGAAAUCCGAGUUGUUUUCUGGAUUUCACGCUGUCAAUGUGAAUAAUUCCGAGCUUCCUCUGGGGCUGCCUCGCUGGGAGCACCGGUACUGCCCAGAGGUCUUCGAGAUCACUGCAGAGAAGGGCUUCUGAAGGGAUUUUGGCACCCCUGUGUGUUCUAACUGGAUCAUCCCUGCUCCUCAGAGGAUCCCUGGCAUGAUGAAAUGGCUUCUGCUUCUAGAACACCCCUCAGUAAGCUUCACUCUGCGUGCUUGGUGGUUCUGCGAGCUCGGCUGGGGCCUGGGGCUGCUUUCUGUGGAAUAAGUUGUGUUUUAUGUAGUUCUGCUUGCUCUUAGGAACCAGUUUGAAACUGGGCUUGGAGGGGAAAGGGGGGAAUUUCACUUGCACUACGAGCACUGGGACUGCCUGGGGACAGGGACAGCGCAGGGGUCACCCAGCCCAUCUUCCACUCCACCAGGCUGACCUUGAACCUUUGCCAGGAUGGGGCUGCUGGUCUGGGCAGCCUUUCUGCCCAUGUUUACCCACCUUCAUUGUGAAACAGUUCUCCCUAAUAUCUAAUCCAGUGUGAUCCUGGUUGUGAUUGAAGUCAUUCCCAUGUCCUGGCACUCCAAGCCGUGUCCAGAGUCCCUCUCCAGCUCUCCUGGAGCCCCCCAGAAGGGGCUUGAAGUGUCCCAGAGGCUUCUCCUCCCCAGGCUGGACAAUCCCAGCUCUCGCAGCCCUCGGAGCAUCUCCAUGGGCUGCUCUGGGUUUGCUCCACACCCUCGUGAUGUUGGAGGCCCCAGAGCUGAGGAGAAGGGAAGGAUCCCCUGGUGGCCCCGCUGGUGCCAGGCUGGCCCUGUGCCCAUCCCUGUGUCCCCAGGCAGCGUGGAGGGGGUGAAUGCACUGAGCUCCCACUGCCCACCCCAGCCCCGUGGGCAGCCCCUCAAACUCUGCCCCUCACACAGAGCUCAGGGACAACCCAGCUCGAACAAAAUAAAACCAGCUGGGAAAAACUCCUGCGUUACUUGAGCUGCCAGGACCUCCCCCAGUGCACCAGGACCUCCCCCAGUGCCCUUCCUGCUGCUCUCCCUUCUCCCCCAACCCUCCAACACUGCAAUAGUUCGACAAGUAGAGAAGUUUUGUUUUAUUUAUUUAGCAAUUGUAAAUGUUACACGUGUUAACUUAAAAGCUAUAUAAAAAUACUGAAUUUUUAUGCAUGGUUGUGUGGUUUUUUUACAGAGCUCUGGCCCAGCCAGUUUGAUAUUUUCCACUUUUGUACAUUUCUCUGUUUAUGAAGGUUUAACUUUUUUUAAAAAAAAAAUUAAAAUCCUCCUGAUUUUCUCA